CGUCAUCAGGCGUAUAAAUUGUAGUCCGCCUCGCGAACUUCUCUAUUGUUUCUUUGAGUUUGCCAAGGAAUCCAGCAAAAUGGCGUCCAACAAACGAGACCUUAAAAUUAUUUCGAUCGCUCAGCUUGUAAUGGCAGGUAUCCUCUUCGUUCUCGGAAUGGUUGACCAUUUUGAAGUUCGCUACAUGUAUGCCAGUCUCAUAUUGAUGCCAAUUUGGAUUGCUCUUCUUGUCAUACCCAUCGGCAUCAUGGGAUUGGUUUUAACAGUGAACGGGUCCAGACCGUCCUCUGCUUUGAUAAUCGGCCUGAGGUCUGUGAGCAUUGCAUGCGCCGCUCUAUCAGUACUAACCAUAUAUACCUAUGCGAUGGCACUGAACGACAUAUUGUUCUUCAAAUACUUGGAAGCACAAACUGGUAAUCACCAGAAUUUUAAAUGGUUUGCUGAUAAAGACGCAGAAAUCGAGUUCCAGAAAGAGGAAAAAACCAUGAUAGCUGUACAUGUCUUCAUUAUCAUAUGUUCCAUCCUCGAAAUUAUACUUGUCAUGGCAAGUGUCCAAACCGGCAAGGCCAUGGCUAAGGAGCCACAGGAUAUCCAGGCAAGCGUUGCUUAUCGUCAAGUGGCAGUGGAUGAUGUCCCUCUGUUAUUCUCGAGUUCAGAUCAAGAGGCAGCUUAGAUGGUAUCAGUUCCAUACACUGCUGUACAGAGGGCGACCAGAUGCAAUCCAUUGCUUUUUUAACGCCAUGAUAGUAAAUUAAUUGUUAAAACCACAAACCCGAGAAUGUUAUUAGAAGUAGUUUUAGUAGUAUAAUAUAAGUAGUAUUUGAAUUUUUAUAUUUUAAUAUUAGUUAGUUUUUAAUCUAAACUUAUAUUAAAUUUAUACAUCUUCAAAAGGCUUUAUUUUUUUUUCCAUUUUUGCUAUUUUUUCAUUUUGCGUGGUGUACCUGUAAACUAUUUUUUUAGCUAAGCAUACCGACCACGUUAAAUACAUCGAUUGAUUGAUUGAUUAAUCAAAGUAAUUUAUGUCUUUUCGUGGCCGAAAUGUUUGCUAGAUAUCUUAAGAUCAAAAUGUACCCGGAAGCUUGAAGAAAGCGUAAAAUAUAAUUAACGAGUAACCUCCACGAAUGUAGAAAUUUUGUCAUCAACUUACGGCUUUAACGCCCCACCCUCCUUCCCAAUCCGCCUCCGUCGUUUCGGAUCUUUCUUUUUCUCUCUCUGUUACUACUCGUGUAGAAUCUUGGGAAUAUAAUACCCUUUACACCCCCAUCAUCAGUAUACAUAUUCUUGAUACUGUUCUAUUUACAUUUCCUAUGGUACGAACAAAAGGUAUUUGUUUUACAAUAAAGAGCCUCUUUCGUUUGGGAUCA